UUGCUUUCACGGUCCUCUUCAAUAUGCAAUGUUAUUGAUUUCAACAAACCCCCUGUGAUUUGUGAUUACAAGUGACUGCAAAGUUGUUUGUUCCAAUAUGUCCAAUUGGAUGCGCUUGGAAAAACUGACUCGUUUGGGACCAUUGUGUGGAUCUUAUCUAAACAAUUGCCGUUUGUUCCAUUUGAACCAUGUCAGAUUACGAAAACGAUCCAUUCGAAAGAAGAUGUUUCCGUUUGAUGUUCAAAAUCGGCCUGCCUUAACUUUGGACCCGGAUGCGCAGUCUUCUCUGGAAACCGAUUCAAAGAUAAAGAAUGGAUCCCGGACUUUGCCCAUCAUCAAUCCCCCUGAAAAGAUCGCUAAAACUGUGGAAAUACUUUUCAGCAAAGAUUCCGCUGAAAAUCCAAUCAGACCGGACUCAUAUCUCGCUGCGGGAGUAAAGCUCUGGAAUUUUCUUCACAGUCGAAAGCUUCCUUUGGAAUUGACACAAAUUAACCACUUGGAGAACCAAUUCAAGCGCAUAAUCAUUGAAAAAGAAUAUCAAAACUGUCCGGAUGAUUUGCUCUUCGAACAAAGUGACGAGAUUGAGCGAAAGGCCAGAAAGAUGCUCGAAUCAAAGACAAACACAUGGAAGUCCGUCGUCUACGAUGAUGAGGCUGCCAAGGCUUAUCUUUUGGCUCGGGCCCCUUUUGAUUAUUCGGCAGUCUAUCGGACAAUGUCAGAGAUCAAGAAGCGAGAGCCCGAUUUUCAACCAAGGACAAUAUUUGACUUUGGUUCAGGAGUUGGAACUUGUAUUUGGGCUGCCAAUUCCCUCUUUGGGGAAAUGAGCGAAAUUUUUGCGGUUGAUCCGAGCUCUUCAAUGAAUGACCUCGCACGGGCCAUCCUAUUGCAGGGCAAAACCAGUCAUUCACUACCUGCUGGUCACUUCUUUCGUUUAAAUUGUCCUACAAACAAUGAUCUCACUUACGAUCUGGUCACUUCCGCUUUCACUUUGGCCGAAUUGCCUUCAGCCAAGGCUCGACUCACUUCGUUGGAUAUUCUGUGGAGGAAAACACAUGGUUAUCUCAUCCUUUUGGAGGACGGUUCCAAUGCUGGCUUUCAAAUUCUGGCUGAAGCACGAGAUUAUCUGCUUCAAUUGGUGGAAGCGAAUGCCGGUCGAAAUGACCAGAUUGGCAAGGAGUUGCACGGACAUCUGUUUGCUCCAUGCCCUCACUCCCAGAAGUGCCCGCGGUAUUUCGAAGACAAUAUCCCGUGCAAUUUCGAUACUCGUUAUGAAAACUUCAAGCUAAACUCAAUACCCAAUGAAAUCACCCAUACACCUAAAAAGGAGAAGUUCUGUUAUCUCAUCUUCAAGAAAGGGCCAGAACCGGAAGCAGACAAGUCAUACCAAUAUCCAAGAGUUGUGGAGGAGCCAAUGAUGCGCAAGAAACAUGUGGUUUGUCGCAUGUGCACCCAUCGAGGCAAACUCGAGGAAUUUGUGGCCACCAAAGGACCGACGAACUCUAUUGACACCAGGAUGCUGUAUCAACACGUGAAAAGAAUCCACUGCGGAGAUCAAUUGAAGGUUCAAGUUCAAGAUAAGUCAAAAGAAAGUUUAACCUAUGUGACUUGGAAAGAAAGGAAAGCGAUGUGGAAACAAAUGCAAGAUGAAAUUUCCCCCACAAAAUAAAUGUGACUUUAUCCUUGCA